CUAAUAGUCUACGGAAGUUUUGCCAUUGGGUUGUAUUGUAGUUCGACAUGAGUUCGCUGGUUCGCUUCACGAAGUGCUAGCAGACGAAGGGGCCACACACUUCAAAUAACGACACGACCUCAGACAGCCUCGAAUAGGAAUACAGUACGCCACACAGCUGACUCACACCGCGGCCGCCGCGACCGUCGUACCUUUCGACAGCUCUGGUUAUUCAACGAAACUGUGGUACUGCAAAAUGCGAAUGUUGGUGGCCUCUUCUCUAGUAAGCAAGGCUUGAACGGUAUGCACAGCUGUCAAUCAAGUACAAAUGGCUCUUACUUGCAACACGUGGAUGUUUGUUUUGACAACCAGUUGACUGACCUUCUGCCAACCGUACGCCAUACCAUACACCGGUCGGUACACAAAACGUCAAGGUGGGCCGGUAUGGGUCACAUUGCCACACAUAUCCAACUGGCAGCAGCUUACUAUACUCAGAAUUUCGCAAUAGAACAAGGAGAUUCGCUUUAAGGUGGUACACAUCGGAGCCGCUAUUUGUCGCUUUUAAAGAAAAUCAGUGUCUACUACUGUAUCACGCGGCGUUGUGUUGAUCGCUGCUGGCAGAAUGAGCGCAAAGUCGGGAAAGUCGGAGAGCGUCAAAGUGAUCGUUAGAUGUCGAUUAAUGAGUGACAAAGAGAAGGAGUCGCAUCAUCGACGUGUCGUGACAAUCCACCCUGAACGGAAUUCUAUCGAGUUGACAAAAGCUGACGAAGAGCCAAAGCAGUUUACAUUUGAUGCCGUGUACGACGAGCAUGCGACCCAAAAACAGCUAUACAAUGAAACAUUUAGCCCACUGGUUGACUCUGUUCUCGAAGGCUUUAAUGGAACCAUAUUCGCAUAUGGACAGACAGGUACAGGCAAAACAUACACGAUGGAAGGUAUUCGCACUGAUCCGGAAAGGCGAGGUGUCAUACCAAAUUCGUUCCAGCACAUCUUUGACCAUAUACGAAAGUCACGCAAUAAACAGUACCUCGUACGUGCCUCUUAUCUGGAAAUCUAUCAGGAAGAGAUCAGAGAUUUAAUUGCGAAGGAUCAAAGUACAAAACUCGAACUUAAGGAGCGUCCAGACACCGGUGUCCAUGUCAAAGAUCUUAGUUCGUUCGUAUGCAAAUCGGUUCAAGAAAUCGAACGAGUUAUGACAGUCGGCAAUCAGAACCGUGCUGUGGGUAGAACCAAUAUGAAUUUACACAGCUCUCGAUCGCAUGCCAUCUUCAUCAUUACAGUGGAGCAUAGUGACAUCGAAGAACACACUGAGUCUGCAGCGACGAUUCGUGUAGGCAAGCUGAACCUCGUCGACCUAGCAGGAUCAGAACGACAAAGCAAAACGAACGCGCAGGGUACCAUGCAGAAGGAGGCGAUCAAGAUUAACCUUAGUCUAUCGGCAUUGGGUAAUGUUAUCUCAAGUCUUGUUGACGGCAAGUCGACCCACGUGCCAUAUCGAGACUCGAAACUUACACGACUGCUGGAAGAUUCGCUGGGAGGAAAUGCCAAGACGAUAAUGAUCGCAAACAUUGGUCCUUCGCACUGGAAUUAUGAGGAAACUUUAACUACUUUACGAUAUGCUAGUCGAGCCAAGAAUAUUAAGAACAAGCCCAAGGUGAAUGAGGACCCGAAGGACGCGCUGCUCCGUGAGUUUCAACUGGAGAUUGCUAGAUUGAAAAUGCAACUAGAGGAAAAGGGCAAACGAAAGGGAAAGUCAAAAAGCGCAGUGAGUCGCUCGUCCAUCAAUUCGGACAGCUCUGCGGAUGGGGGCGGUCUAAUGAGUCCUGACGUCGCCGAUGUCGAAUAUACGGAAAAACUAGCUGCAAAAGUUGCUGCCCUCGAAAGUAAACUUCUUGGGGGAAAAGAUAUUAUUGAGCAUACGAAUGAGCAGGAGCGUGCGCUUGAAUUGAAGCGAAAAGAAAUUGCAGAACAGAAACGCAUCGAGCGGGAGAUAGUGAAAAAACUGGAGUUGCAUGAAGAAAGUGCCUCCGAAAUUCGGGAGGGUUACACGAGCCUACAGCAGGAGGUCGAUGCUAAGACAAAAAAGUUGCGUAAACUUUACGGAAAACUGCAAGCAGCGAAAAUCGACAUUAAAGAUCUCACCGAAGAGAAUAAUCGUGAACGAAGAGAGCUCGAGGCAACACAGCAUGAGCUAACUAAAGAGCUAAAACUGAAAUAUAUGAUUAUUGAAAAUUUUAUACCUGUCCAAGAAAAGGCGAAGAUACUAUCACGCAUUGUGUACGACGACGAGACAGAAAGUUGGGAUCUGCUGCCAUAUUCAAUGGUGCUCAACAAUGAGCUCGGUACUUCGGCAGUGCAUCCAUUAGCAGAUAGCCACAAUCCGAAACGCUUGGUACACGAUAUGGCCCAUAAGCGAUAUAAGGUCGCUGACGCAAGCCAGGUUAGUCUCGGCCUGGAGUUCGUGGAUCUUCGUGUUCGCGAAUAUCACCCGCCCAAAGUGUCACCCACCCUUCAGACUCUUCUCGACGACGUCAUGAAGCCUUUACCCGAUCUGGAAGUUGACGCAGGUCUACCACAGUACAAGCUGGUUCACAUGCCCUCAAGCAAGUCCAAAGGCCGUCGCUCACCCAAAUCACCUUCCGCAUCAUCAAGAAGUUAUUACAAGUGAUUUUUAGAGUCGAACAUUUUGGACUUGGUACAGUUUACUCUGUCUAUGUGAAUCAUACAAAACUGGAACGAGCAGGCAACGGGCCUGCGUCAAUGUACUAUUCUAAUUUUUGUCAUCAAUUAGGAUAACGAUAGAUAUAUAUCAUCACUUCCAUAAUUGCCUUCAAGACUAUAGGACCAAAAAGUUGCCUUUGUCCGAAUGUUGAGCAAAAAUCACAAUGGUGACAUAACACAAAUUACAAAACGUAUAGCGUUAAUGCAAAUAAUUGUCCAAAACAAAUAUAGUUCUUGCUUAUACUAUAUUUUGCCAU